CCGGGCGCGGUGCCCGCCCGGCCGAGCGGCCCCGCGGAGCGCAUGGAGCGGUGCUGGGUGCCCCUGGCCCUGCUGGGGCUGUGCUGGGCGGCGGCGGCCGAGCGCCACACCGUCUUCUGGAACAGCUCCAACCCCCGGUUCCUGUGGAACAACUACACGGUGGAGGUGCGCCUCAACGACUACCUGGACAUUAUCUGUCCGCACUACGAAGACGAGAGCGUGGACCCCCAUGCCAUGGAGUGCUACACCCUCUACUUGGUGGAGUCCGAGGAGUACGAGGCCUGCAAGCCCCACUCCAAGAAGCAGAUCCGCUGGGAGUGCAACAAGCCCAACGCCCUGCACGGCCCAGAGAAGUUCUCGGAGAAGUUCCAGCGCUUUACCCCCUUCACGCUAGGCAAGGAGUUCAAGGAGGGGCACAGCUACUACUACAUCUCCAAGCCCAUUCACCACCGCGGGGAAGCGUGCCUGAAGCUGAAGGUGACAGUGGCUGGGAAAGGCACUCAGGUGCUGCCUGUCCCUGCCUCUACCCAGAAGGGGAGGAUCCAGGCAGACGAUGCAGCAGCUCACGUGCUGAGGAGCGUGGGGCAGAACUCAGCGAUGCGGGGCAGCAGCCCCUUCACCUUCAUCAGCCUCCUCCUGCCCCUCUUGGUGCCGCAGGGGCUGUGAGCCGCCCCGCCGUGCCCUGACAGACCAAGGCUGCGGCUGCUGGGGACAGAGCCGGGAUGUUCAGACCCCGUGGUCCUCACAUGCACCCUGGGCGACCUGCCCUGCGCACAUCUGGGCAAGGAAAGGAUUUGUCAGUAUUACAGGGCUGGAGGGCCCGAAGCUUAGCUGAGCAGCCAAAGCCCUCGGGCUGCCACAGCUCCCCUGGCCCUUGUGGGCAGGAUGCUCUUGGCAGCUGGAGACUGAGCAUGAGCCUGGGGCUGGAGGGGCUGCGUGCCCCCGGACUGGAGGGGCAUGGGGGCUGGCACCCCUGCCCCAGGAGCUGAGCUUGCCUGUGAACAGCCCUUGGGUCUCUGCUGGGGGCUCAGGCUGUGUCGUGUCCUGCAGGCGGGGACGCAGUGCUGGCCCUGUGGCUGGCCAGGUGCUGCCUGCAGAGCGGGGCUGUAGGAGCCCCCCCCCCCCUUAAUCCCCCCCCAUGCACACAGGGACAGUGAGAGCUGCCCCCACCCUGCACCUUCCCCUCCCCUCUGCCGGGUGUCAGAGGGGACCCCCCCCAGCGGCACCCUGUGUGGGUGCUUUGCCUGCCCCAAUUUGUACAGCUUUCUAACAUGGGAGUUUUUAUAUGAUUGUCUUGAAUAAAUAACUAAGACCA